UGAGGAGAAAGUUCUGCAUGUCCUGAAACUCAGUCCUGGCGGAAGAUCCUUGAUGCGUGGCAGUGACGCUCGGCAGGGGCGCUCGUAGCUCCAACACUCCAAAACCUUUGGCGACCUUUAAUACGUAAGAAGAGAAAGGGAUGCCUUCCAUGCAAUCCUGAUUUUUGGGAAGCACGAGCAUUUCAGAGACUUGGUCGAAUGUUUCUGCGAGACGCAAUCGAGAAACAUGAUGGCGUACAAGCCCAUACUCAUCGUGUACUCUGUUUUGAGUGUCAGUGCUAUUGCUUGGCGGGUCCAUGAUGCUCAGCUUGUGGUACUGGCAGACGCUAGAAUGCAAGGUCUGCCAUCAACGCCACUAGAUAAGAUGCCAGCACUAGCAGGAGUUGCGGGGACAGACAAGACAGCAGCAAUUCUGCAUGCGAUGCUUUCCUCAAAAGCUACUGUCCUGGUCUUGGUAAAUCUCGGAUGGAACGUCUUUGUGCUGGUGUCUCUUUUGACUAAGUCGGUAUUCUUCGGACGUUUGAGCUACAUGGAAACACAGAAACUGGCGGAGAGACUCAUCAAUUACAUCCUUUUCAAGACUUUCUUCUUGACAGCAGUUGUGGAGUUUGAGAGCACUGAGAUUGCCUUGUGGAUGGCCUGGUUUGCGCUUCUUGGAUAUUUGAAGAUGUUCACGGGGUUGGCCAAGGACAGGUUUGAGCGGCUCCACAAGACCCCUGCAGCUUCACAAUGGAUGCACGGGAAGACCCUUAUGGUUCUCAUUCUUGUCUUGGUAUCGGACGCAGCUUGGGUCCAGGUCUGUGUCACAGUUUUCAAGGGAGCCGGCAUCAGCAACAUCUUGCUCCUGCUCUUUGAAGCGGUCAUCAUUGCUUUGGACACUAUCCAGACUCUGACUCAGUACGUGGUGCACCUGAGCGAGUCGUGGGAUGUCCCCAUCUUCUCCAAGCAGACCCCGGAGUGGCGGCUUGGCUUUCUAUACCACACAAACCUCCUUGCCGAAGUCAUGUUGCAGCUCCUUACUCUGGCGCACUACGUCCACGUCUGGUGCUUGCACGGCAUCGCUUUCCAGUUGAUCGAUGCUGUCCUGCUCCUGAACAUUCGGGCCAUCUUGAGUUCCCUCAUGAAAAAGCUCAGCGCAUUUCUCGCAUAUCGAGCCGCCACUCGCAACCUCCGCGAGGCGUUCCCUGAUGCCACGGAGGCGCAGCUGGCGGAGUGCAAUGACGACUGUGCCAUCUGCAAGGAGCCGAUGUACACUGCCAAGCAGCUGCCCUGCAGGCACCUCUUCCACCUGUCGUGCCUGCGUUCCUGGUUCGACCAAGGGUCGGACGACAGCUACACGUGCCCCACUUGCCGCACGUCGCUCAGCGGCAAGUACAAGUCCUCCAGCUCAGCAGCCAGGGCGGCAGCAGAGAGCGUGCUGGUUGAGCGGCACCAGCAAGAGGCUCUCUUCCAGGCGCGCGCCGUCAACCGCUACCAGGAGGAGUUGGCUCGACUGAGGGGCAGGGCGGGCGGGCAAGCCUCGGUUGCAGCAAGGCAGGCGGUCGGAGGCGCAGCCGGCCAGGGGAACGGUAGACCUGCGGAGAUUAUGGAGGGACCGGACGCGGGUGCCGACGAUUUGAGCAACGAGAGCGGAUACGGGGGGGUGGGUUCGCAGCAAGAUGCAGGACCGGCUUCAGUUGCUGGAACCGGUUUCCGAGAUGAGCCGAGCCCGCUCAACGGGGCUCCGGACCUCUAUCGGACCGCAGGGGGGCAGUUGUUGUCGGACGCUGGAGAGGGGCUGAACGUGGGGCGGCUGCUCGCCGGGAUUGGUUUAGCCGGGGCCCGAAGACGCUGGCAGUGGCCAUUAAGUCAGAACGAUGGGGACUCUCAGUUGCAUGGUCCCGGUGCUUCGACGCUGCCUCGAGAUCGAUGGACAGAUCGACGCUCGCAGCCGUCAAACGCCGUCAGAAGCGGUGCAAGUCGCAGUGGUGAGUUCAACUGGGACUUCGGCCAAGCGGGCCCGUCUUUUGCCUCGGAGAGUCGGAGCGGGAGACGUAACGACGUCAGCAGGGAAGCCGCACUGCUUCGGGAGCAGAGCGCGACAGCACGGAGAACAAGGGCGGCUGGCAACGGGGAACCGGAAGUCAGCACGAGGCUGGCGGAAAUGGUGGCGACCGUAAGGGGCGUCCUUCCAGACGUACCGGAACAAGCCGUCUUACGGGAACUUCGAAGAACUAACUCGGUUGGGGCCGCUAUUAACAAUCUGAUUGAUGCUUGAAGGGGGCAAGCUUUCCCAUCGACUCUACUGGAUGUACGAUGAUAGGUCCUGGUAGUACAUUGAACUGAACUUGGUUUUGCUGGCUGAACUUCCACUACCGCCAGAUCAGGCGAAGCAAGUGUGUUGAAGAGCACAUUUGCCCACGAAAUUAUUACCAUGCAAGUACCACUGACCGCUUCAUAAAUGGAUACCCCCGUCAAGACAGUGUUU